UUUUGACAAUAUAUUGUUCCUGUUGAAAUCUUUUCGCACGUGUUAUUACAAUAUUUUAUAUUACUAUUUGUAUAAUUCCUGUUAUAAAAGAUUUUUGAAAUUAAAUUAUUUGAAUAAAAAGAUGAGCACAUCUUUUAAUAUAACUGCAGGCUUUAGGGAAGAUUGCGCAAUAUUAAUCGAUCGUUUCGAAAAAGUUGACGAUAUAAGGUUUAAAAGUUUUUGCGAAAUUUGGAAAGAUUUAAAAUUUAGUUUAAUCUUUAAAGACAAAGAACAUGUUGCAGAAUUAAUGGAGUUUUGCGAAGAAAUAUUACAUCUAACGAAACAGUAUUUGUUUUCUGGUACAUUCAAAGAACGUAUUUGUGGCUUAUAUCUUUUAUAUGGAAUAUAUUUCAAAAUGCCAUGUUUUCAAUUUAAAAUUAGAAUUACAUUAACAGAGUGGCAAAUGAUUAUGGAAUUACAUAAUCAAAUAAAGGAAGGAGAACAUCAUGAUGCCAAUUAUGUAUUAAGCAAACUUAUCAUCAAUAAUGCUUUUAAACAUUGUCUUUUUGAUCAAGAGAUUAGCUUUGAAAAAUGCUUCAGAAAAAGAUAUUAUUAUAACAACAAUCCUUAUUCAGUUUUAUCGUCUAUUAAAAAUAUGGGUGAGAAAGAUCAAAUGUUUGAAAAGAUAAAUAAAUUAAGUAAAAUGUAUCACCAAAAGAAAUGUGAAGCAAUUAGCAGCAAUACUGAUAAUUGCAGUUUAAAUUUAUUUAAUUCUAAUUUUGCGACUGAGAUUAUAAAUGAUAUUCAUAAGUUUAGUAGAGGUAAGGGAUACAAUAAAAAAAUGAGUACAAGUGCUUCAAAAAAAGAUAUUAAAGAAAUAGAAAGUGACAAGAAAAUAAAACAAUCUCAAAGAGAUCUAGACGAUGCCUAUCUCUCUUCUUCAAGUGAUCUUGGAAGCAAUGUAUCACCAUUAAAUAUUACUGAUAACAAUACUGAAAGUUCAAUGAAUGAAUUUGCAGAGUAAAAAUAGUAAAAUAAUCUCUUCUGCUUGAAUAUGACAAGAUUUCAUAUUUUUAGAGAUAAUGUCACAUGUUAUGGCCUAUGGACAUUAAAGCGAUUAAAUUAAAUUCCUAAACGUGCGUUGGAAAUGCAAUUCAAUUAAAUUUCUAAACUUAAAAAAGUUGGUUACACAAUAACCUGCAGUGCUUUUGUCUGAUCUUUUUUAUAGCAUAAUUAUAAUUAUAUAGACAAAUAUACAUACAUAUUUAUAUAUGUGUAUAUAUAUAUAUAUAUAUGUAGUUUGUGUAUAUAAAAUAGUAUAUUGCUUUUUUAUUAUAAAAUCUCCUUUGAUGUUACUCAUCAAGCGGCUUUUAGCGAUAAAUAUAUUUAAUUGUUGACUAUGCCACACAUGCGCGCGCGCCCGCCCAUGUACACACACACACUCACACACACACACACACGUUUGUAAUUAAAAAAUAUAAUCUUAUGGCAAUAUCUAAUAGAUAUUUGAACUUUUCAAUAGACUUUUAACUGGUCAUUGUCAUCAAAUCCAGCACUGUGUCCUGCAUUGCGCACAAUAAAACUUGUUCCAUCGUAAUGCAUGCGCCGUUCUCCUCGACGUACAAAUAGAUGAGACGUUUGACCCAACGAUGCUGUGCAAUGUAGAAACGGAGUUGUCAGGGAUGCUGUUCCAUUGCUAGGUGACGUUCGUAGCUGAUACUUGUUGCUAUUACGUGCAAUUCUGUUGAAAAUUAUAAUGAAUUUGUUGCAGUUUUCAACACCUUCAUCCGUCAUCCAAUAUUGAGCAGCUCCCAAAGCUGUGGCUGCUUCUUGCAAACACGACGAUCCAUGUCGCGAGCCGGAGUAAAAAACACUUAAUGAAAAGUCCUGAAAUAGCGUCAAAAUGAUGUACAACUGAUGCAAUUGCAAUCGUUACUUGUUUACAAAAUCGAUAAUCUAUUACUUGACUCAUGUCCGAAAACGAGUCAGUGGUUGUUCUAGUUCCCGCUGCAUCCACUAAAUAUACAAGAGCACAUUGUUCACAGAAAUGACUAACUUAUUAUUCCCAUGCGUAUCGUGGGCCAAAAUUUCAACACGCGAUCCAUAUUGAUAUAUUCUUCCAUUUGGAUGUAGUAAUGCAGCGGCUGCUCCAGAACAGCUUAACGAAAGCACGAUAUUAUUCUGCACUGACGAAAGAUGUAUAUAACACAUAUGUGUAACUGUUUUGUGAGUGCUCUUUUUUUCGUUAUUACUGCGAUAACGUUAUUGUAUCGCGUUAAUAUAAGUAUAAUAACGAUAUAUACGCGCAGAAUGAUCAUAGAAUGAGAAUUGUUGUUCGUCGAAUGCCAUCGAAGCGAAGCGAAAUGAAGAUCCAAAAUAACGAGAUAAAACGAUGGGCACACCUUAAAAUUGAUCACUCUUACAGCACGAUCGACCGUCAUGUCAACUCGGAUCCUAUUGCGAAGUCUCAGGGAAAUGGUACCAUGUGGCGUGGCAACAGCACCUCCUGCAGUUGCAUCGGUCUCGUGUUCUCUCCAAUUUUCUGUAUAAAGGCAGGCCUCCUCCGUCGUGUAAUACGGAGUGGCCAUUGUUUUAGGAGUUCUUGGCUGUCUCCAAAUCGCCGCUGAACUCGAAUAAGUAGUUGCACCCGUUAUACCGCUCCAUUGGUCCGCUGGUGGUGUUUCGAAGUACUUGGAAAAUUCAUUGUACCGCUGAAAGAGUUUGUUCUCGAAUGAUUAAAAAAGAGCAGACAUGAGAA